GAGCAGGUCUCCACUGGUGAUGGUCUACUGUCUGAUUUGCUGACCGCUUCUGUCAGCCUUUAUAAAGCAGAACUAGUUGUCUAGCUGAACUGCAGCAGAACUACAAUUUUAACAUCCACUGCAGUGUCCCAUCUAAGUGGCUAUAGCAGAGACUGUCUCACUGCAUUGCAAGAAUUAGAGGUUCCAGUGACCAGCCUUUCCCCUAGGACAGAUCUCUCCUCCUGUACGAUAGCUGUGUGGUUCACAAACUGUUACUGAUGUUGUGCCUGGAGAAACUCAACAAGGAUUCAGAGCCAAUCGUGUUGGGAAAAGAAGGAGUUUGGUGCUGGAAUAGAGCCCGGAAGGCAAUGGUUGCUUCUCCCAACAUCUUAACCCCAGACAGGAUUCCAGAAUUCUGCAUCCCACCCAGAUUGAUUAGCUCCCACUCUGCAAGGGAUCCCAGUUCCCGCAUCCAGUCCUAUGCAGAGACCAACCUGUACCCUCAUUGUGAACCUGUUCACAACCCCAGCACACAGCUGCCACAUAUCCUCUCAACUGAAAUUGCUAAUAGCUUCAUUUCAAUGGAAGAAAGCACCAACUCAGACCCACAGUCACAGGCAGCACUUUCCCUGCUCCAUUUCCCCAAGGUGCAGACCUCCUAUGGAUUCUGCACUUUGCUGGAGAGUCCCCAUACCCGAAGAAAGGAGAGUAUUUUCCACAGUGACCCAUGCAGCUGUUCUAUGUCCUGUCUACUGUUGCUUCCAAGUUCCAGAAUCUGCUGCAAAGGAGUAGAUUCCAGCAUCAUCAGCUCUACCGCCACCAGACUCCCUUCUAGGCAUCCACACUUGCCAAGACAAGACACUUGUGACUGUGAUACUGCUUCCUCCACUGACUCUUCCCCUUUCACCUCCUCACUUCUCAAAAGAUUCCUUCCCAGAUCCUGCUCUUUAUUUACAAUCCAGAGCCCAGAGGGACUGCUCUGCAGGGCUUUAAAGGCAGAAAGCAAAUCCAGAAUGCUAAGGGAGAACUUAUCCACAGAUGAAGACAGCUCCACAGACGACAGCCCCAAUCCCAAUAGACGGUCUUUGGCAAGUUUAUGCGAGUGCUCAAGCACACAAAGCUCUUCUGGGUCACAGUCACCCAUCUUUCCCCAGGAUUUUACUAAUGGCAGAGAGAGACUUAGAAAUGUGUGUACAGUGUUUCUUGAUAGAAGAGGAAUCUUGAGACUGUCCUCUGACUACUGUCCUGAAAGCAGAAGGCUUAGACUCUGUCUGAUAAGUGCUGAAGGCUUAUAUGAUGUAUUUAUGGAACCUAAAAGGAUUAACUGUUGCAUCACCGUCUCUCUUGUGCCAGGGAAAGUUCAGAAACAAAGAAGCACUGUUAUAAAGAGAAGCAGAAAUCCCAUCUUUAAUGAGGACUUCUUCUUUGAUAGUAUUUCUAAGGAUGAUCUUCACAGACGAUCAAUCAAGAUAAAAGCUGUGAAUAAAGCAUCUACUAUGAAGAGAGAUUAUAUUUUAGGUAAAAUUGAACUUUGCUUAUUGAAUAUGGUGCCUAUCUGAGGGGCACAGGAAAGCAAUAUAAGUCUAGUCUAUUUUGAGCUAGGUAAAUUUACUUUUGAAUAAGAUGUGUAUUUUAUGUGGCUAUGUUACUUUCCCUUCUUAUGUUAUCUCUUUCUAUUUUACAAUUAAUUGAUGUUAUUGUUAAAUCAUAAUUGGCAAGCAAAGUUUUAUUUUCAAGUACAUCAUGUGUAAGUGGCUGAUAUUAAGCAAGGGUUUUUUUUCCACGUAUCAGUAUUUAAGUUCUACUAUAGACGGGACCUAAAGGAUCUCUUUACCUUAAUUUAAAGCAAUUGCAGGAUCCUUUGAAAUCCCCACUGCCGUGCACUAAGUUUACAGGCCUAACAGAAAACUGGAGUUUUUGUUAUCAUGUCAGACCACUGGCUUGCUACCCUUGCAGCUGAUAUGGAAGUUAGUUGCAUGUAUUUGCCAACCCUGCAUUUCAACAGAGGAAAGAAACUUC